CAUUAGAGCGAUAAGGAGUGGAAAAAAUCGGAUUUUUCCAGAAAAAACGGUCCGCAGUAUCUGCAAUGGCCGUCUUCGAUAUAAAUAGUAAAGUGGCCCUGGUAACCGGUGGUUUAAGCGGUAUAGGCUUAACCUAUGCCCAGGAAUUAUUAAAAAAUGGCGCCAAGGGGGUCACUUUAGUUGAUCUUAACGAAAAGGCGAGCGAUAAAGUGGUGAAGGAGCUGGAAGAGGAAUUUGGCAAAAACAAGGUGAUUUUUGUCAAGGCUGACGUGAGGGAUAUCGAGGAGUUCGAAGAUGCUUUUAAGAGAACAGUUGCCACAUUUGGUAACGUGGAUAUUUUGAUUAAUAAUGCGGGGAUCUUUGACGAAAGCGAUGAGGGAUGGAGGAAGACCGUGCAGGUUAAUAUGAUUGGAGUCCUCAACGGCAUCCUUUUGGGCCUGGAAAAGUACCUCUGCGACCACAAAUCGGGCGAGGAAGGUCUAAUAGUGAACACCAGCUCCAUAGCCGGCCUGGAACCGUAUCCCUACUCUCCCAUCUACGUGGCCACCAAAUUCGCCAUACAUGGGGCCACCAUAUCCUUUGGCCACCCCGUCCAUUACGAACGUCAACACGUGAGGGUGGUGGCCGUUUGUCCGGGGGUCACCACCUCACCCUUAACCUCGACCUACCGUUACGGGGAAUAUAAGAAGGCGUAUCUCAAUAGGCCGAGGCAAACAUUGGCCGAUUUGGCUCCAGAGUUGGUGAGGGUGAUCCAGAGGGCACCCACUGGGACCGCGUGGGUCUUGGACAGUGAGCCAGCUUAUCAGUUCGUUCUUCCAGACCGUGAUUCGAUUCCUAAGAUUUAUUUGUAACCAGUUAAAUAUGGAUCGAAAGUAUGUCAAGUGACCCUUCAAAUUUCUUGGAAUUUCUUGUAGAACCCGAAAAUGCAAUAAAAAAUAAGGUGUUACAGUCAAA